CAGAACUCCUUGCGGCUAAAACGCCUAUUCGUAGAAAUAUAAGUCUGCCUGUGAGAUUAGGUCACGCGGCCAUGUGAUAAGUCCGAAAUGGAGGAAGUCGACAAUAUAAUCAUUCAUACACUGAAACAAAUUGGGUGUGAUUUACCAGAUUCAAUUGACAGUUUGAAAAAGUUUUCAACUGAACUUGUUGUAGCAGCUACAGUGCAAUGCCUUCGUGUUAUCAAAGAUAAAUUUGACAUUUCACCUAAUCUUCCACCUGGAAUGUCUGCCAAGUUUAGAGUAGGCACAGCAUUAGCUAAUGCUUGCCUGGAACUUGGAUACCAGGGAGAGAUUGGGUACCAAACAUUUCUCUACUCCAGUGAAACUGAAAUAAGAAGACUUUUGUUAUUUUUAAUAGAAAAACUGCCAAGAGACAGUGCUGAAAGAACUGAUGAAGCAUUAGGUACAUCAGCAUUGAUGCAACGAGCCAUAGCAACAGAAAUCUCCAGGCAGUUAAAAACCACAUGGUCUGCACCCUAUUGCAAAGCAAAGGGCAUCUGUUGGAGAGGAACUAAACCCAAAUUAUGGCACAGGGAGGGUGUGAUUGGUACAAGGGCAUAUCACAGUUGUUCUUUAUCUGUACCUUAUGGAGUAGGUGAUCUGACAAAAAAACUGCACAAAGAACUAAAGCAAUAUUACAUGAAGGAACUUGCCGUGAUCACAAACCAACCUCCUCAUAAAGCUGAUCUACCAGCAUCAGUUUUAGAAUCCAAUGCUACAAGUGUAACUGCAGCACAGGAAUGGGAAAAUGAAUGGAAUUCUUCAGGAUUAGGUUCAGGACUUUCUGAGCAGGAUUAUCGCUUGAGAAAGCAGCAACGACUGAAGAAGAAAAUAACUGACCAACUAAGACAAGGAAUCCAGAAAAGUGAAGCCACCGUUGCUGCAGCUGCUACAACAGAUUUAAUGCAAACAUUGAAUACAUUCACUGAUAAAAGUGCAAGUAAAACCAAAGGAUCAAGGUUUAUGCAUGCAGAAAAAUUGCAGUUUACUGAGGAUGAUGCUAAGACUGCUGUACAAAUGGGUAUUGGUGAAGGUGCUCCUAAACUAGAUACAGAAGAGGAUCUUCAGCAGAAGCGAGAGAAAGAAGUGGAAUGUUUACGAGAAGCAUUACAAGGAUUGACUUCACAAAUAGAAGCAAUGGAAAUCGAUAUGAGAAAAUACACAGCUAAUACACAGCAGAUGGAAGAGCUAAUUCUGGUGAUGGAUAGAUCAGUCAGUGAUAAAGAAAACUCUUAUAAAGUGAUGAAGAGAACUUUAGAUUUAUUGCCAGAUGCUGACGCUAACAUUGCCAAAUUACAGAGUGUUGUGGACAGCAGUGCUCAGAGACUAGUUAGUCUAGCUAAUCAGUGGGAGAAACACAGGGCACCAUUGAUAGAACAAUACAGACAACUCAAAGAACUCAAUGAAGGAAAAGUGUCAGAGUCACAGAAGAAAUUAGAAGAAAUAAAAUCCUUUCGUGAAAAGAUGAAAAUUGUAGCAGAUGAGACUAGGUCAAAGGAAGACUUGCACAAACAGCUGAUAUCUGAAUAUGAGAGAAUGACCAAAGGCGUCAACCGAUCAGCAUACACUCGUAGAAUUUUAGAAAUAGUGUCCAAUAUCAAGAAACAAAAAGACGACAUUGAUAAGGUGAGUUGUAAACUAAAAAUAAAAUUUGUCUUGUG